AUGAGUUCAGAUGAACAUUUGGAUCAUUUACAGGAAGACAAAGAUGACGAUAUAGUAGCAGGCUCUCCGGAAGGAUCUCAGAAACAGGGUUCGGAGGCACCUGAAGUAGCCGAAGAAGGUGCUAAACCCGAAACUGGUGCUUCUGAAGAAAAUAGCGAUGUUGACAUGGAAGGAGACAAUUUAUCAGAUGCGGCUAAAUCUAAUGAUGAUGAAACUGGUGACAAAGACACAGGAAACCAAGAUAUUAAGAAUUCGGUUGAAAAAAACUCGGAGGUAAAGGAAGAAGACGAACUGCGAGAAGAGCAGAACGAUUCUGAUGCACCAAGUAAGAAUGAACCUAUGGAUGUAGAUGAAGUUCAGGAUGAUAAGGAACCACAAGAAGAAUCCGACAAAGAGGAAAUACAAAAUGACGAAUCUGAAAAAGAAAAAUCCGAAGCGGUCCAAGACAUAGAAGACAAUCACACGCAAGAUAUAGAGGAGAAAGUGAAGGAUGAAGCUGACGACGAAGAAGAGAAAAAGGACGAGCAGGACGAAGAGAAAAAGGACGAACAGUAUAAAGAAGAAGAUAGAGAUGAAAACGUAGACGAUAAGGAUGAGGAUAAGGAUGAUGAAGAUAAGGAUGAUGAAGGUGAUGAUGAUGAGGAUGAUGACGACAAAGUCAAAGAUGCCGAAAAUCAAACACCAAUCGACCAGACACAUGCUAUAAUAUUACCAUCGUACUGUAGCUGGUUCAAUAUGAGCAAGAUUCAUAAGAUUGAAAAGGAGUCCUUACCAGAGUUUUUCGAUACUACCCACCCGUCAAAAUCUCCAAAAAUUUAUAUCAAUUACCGUAAUUUCAUGAUAAAUUCAUAUAGGUUGAACCCAAAUGAGUAUCUUACUUUAACGUCAUGUCGUCGUAACUUGGUUGGUGAUGUUGGAACACUCAUGAGAGUUCAUAGGUUUUUGAAUAAAUGGGGGUUAAUAAAUUAUCAAGUUAAUCCUAAUUUCAAGCCAGGUUAUGCCCUUGAAAAAUUACCAAAUGGUUCUCAGAUUGGCUUACCGUAUACUGGUAAUUUCCAUGUUACAUACGAUACUCCAAGAGGAUUAUUCCCAUUCGACACUCACAAGUUCAACGAAGACCGUGUUGAUGUUUCAAAACUAAAGAAACUAUUGAACAUUGAACAAGUUUCAGAUAAACCUAUAAAUAAUAAGAUGUCUAGCGAUGCCAAAAAUGUCGAUGAUUUAGAUACAGAUUCGUCUGAACCACCUCAGAAGAAACAUAAGUCUAGUAAAGAUGGCUGGACUGAUAAAGAAAUCUCAAAAUUGAUCUUAGGUGUAAAAGAUUUUCCCAAUGAUUGGUAUAAAAUUUCAAAAAGCGUUUCAACUAAAACUCCGCAAGAAUGUAUUUUAAAAUUCCUUAAAUUACCAAUUGAAGAUAAUUUUAAUGAUUUAACUGAUCAGGAGUUAGGCUUUUUGAAAUAUUCCUCUAAUUUUCCAAUCAGUUCAAUUGACAACCCUGUUAUCAGUAAUUUGGCAUUUAUGACUCAAUUAGUGGAUAGUGAUGUAGCUAAGGCCGCAAGUGAAAGGGCUUGUAAGGUUAUGGACAUCAAGGCGUUAGAAAAAAUUAGAGAAGUAUAUGGCGAAGCAGAUCAAACGAAGGCUGACAGUGUAAAACAGAAUGAAAAGAAACCUGAAGAAUCAGAAAUAAACAAAGAUCUUGAUGAUAGUUCAGAAAAUAAACAAGAGAAUGAGAGUAAAUUUUCACCAAAGAAGGAUACCGAUACAGAAAUGAGUAUUGAUGAUGAAAAAGAAUCUACUAUAGGUGAUAAUAAACAUGAUGAAGAAAUAAAAUCCAAUGGUACUAGCGAGCAAAAUGGAAAUGUUGACAACAUAUCACCAAAACCUCAAGCAGAUGUUGAUUUGAUAGAUGAAUAUAACGACGAAAAUACUGAUCCUCUUCAGGUUAUUAAAGAUGCAUCAUCUAAUACGUUUGGAAUUGUAGGAGCAAGAAGUCAUUUGUUUGCCAAUUACGAAGAACGAGAAUUGAAUAAAUUAACGAAUACAAUUGUUAAUAAUCAAAUUUCCAAACUUGACUUGAAAUUGAAUAAGGUUGACGAAUUAGAGAAAGUAUACGAGAAAGAAAGGAAGCAUUUGGCCAAGCAACAAGAAGAGGUUUUCAUUGAUCGUUUGGCAUUAACCAAAUCGACUAUUCAUAUCACCAAGAAAUUAAAUGAUGCUAUCUCCAUGAUCCAACAAAAGACUGAAAAUAUAAGUGAAUUAGGCGAUGUUUCUAGUAUCUUAUCAGAUGUCCAAUCACUCCUUUACAAACCAAAUAGACAUUCUUUGAUUCAGAAUGCAGUUGAGAAACAAUCAAGCGAUUCAAAUGAUAAGUCAGACAAUGGUUCCAGUAAAGAUACCGAGAACCGCAAUAUAAAUAGUAAUAGCUCUGCCGCUAAUAAGGAAAACAAUGCUGUCAAGCCAUUAUCUUUAGAUACGCCACUGUCAUUCAAAGUUUGGGUACCUUAA